AUGACUGAAUUGUACCCUAUUGGUACUUUAUGCUGGGCGAAAAUGAAGGGAUUUCCACCAUGGCCUGGUAGGGUAUCAAAUCCUCCAGCGUCAUUAAAAAAAUCCACUGCCUCCAAAAAGGGAGCUUCUAUUUACUGCAUAUAUUUUUUCGGUUCAAAUAAUUAUGCAUGGAUUGAAGAAUCUCAAAUCAAACCAUAUGAAGCUUUUAAAGAACAAUUUAGUAAAGCAGCAAAAACUACUCUCAAAGAAGCAAUCGAUGCCAUUGAAGAUUACAUCAACAACAAAGGAGAGGACAUUUUUGCAAUUACGGAUCCCGAAGCUGAAUUUAACAAGUUGAAAGAAUCCACAGUUGCUAAUGAACAAAAAGAUGAAAAGAAAAAAGAGAAAAAAGAAAAUCAAACACCAAAGGAACCUAAAAAGACCAAAAUUCCUAAGGAUCCAUUAAUGAAAAAAAGAAAAGAAGGGCAUUUGUCACAUUCGACGGCCUUUAAAAAAGCCAGAAGAGAAAAUGAUGAUUUACUCACAAACGAUUCGAGUCUUCUUAAUCAUUCGAGCAUAAGGAAAAGUUCCGGACCCGGAUUAUUACAAAGACCGUCAGCAAAUUUUAUGGUCAGUUCUCAGCAAUUGGAUUUGGAAAGCGUGUCUCAAACGCUCAAAGACAAAAACAUUUUGCCAUCGAAAUUAAAAUUUGGAUUUUUGGGAUUGGGAAUAAUGGGUUCUGGAAUCGUCAAAAACCUUUUAAAUUCGGGACACAAGGUCAUUGUAUGGAACAGAACGACGGAUAAGAUGAUACGGAGAAAAGGAAAGAUGGAAAGAGAAAGAAAGAAAGAAAGAAAGCUGUCGGAAAGUUGA